AUGGGGAGGCUCUGCCUGCUCUUGGUGGCUCUCUCCACCGUGGCACCUGGACAAGGGGUGAGCAAGAAGGUGGGAGUACCCCGGACGCAUGAUGACACCCUAAAUUUCAGCUCUCCCACCGCCUCCACAGAUCCAACAGGAUCUCCUAACACUCCAGCUGGGAAUGCCUCGGUGGCACCAGGAUUUGGAGCACUCCAUCUUGUUGGUGGCCGGAGCCGCUGCGAGGGCCGUGUGGAGCUGGAACAGGAGGGGACGUGGGGCACAGUGUGUGAUGAUGGUUGGGACAUUCCCGACGCUGACGUCGUGUGCCGACAGCUCCAGUGUGGCUAUGCCAUAAGUGCCAAUGGCAGUGCCACCUUCGGCAGGGGACAGGGCCCCAUCCUCCUGGAUGAGGUGGGAUGCAAAGGACACGAGGAGCACCUUUGGGAAUGUGCUGCAGCAUCGGAGCAUGACUGCAGCCACAAGGAAGAUGCCGGCGUGGUUUGCUCAGAGCACCAGGAAUGGCGUCUCUCUGGAGGUCGGGAUGGCUGUGCUGGCAGGGUGGAGGUGUUUUUCCAUGGCACAUGGAGCACAGUGUGUGACAGCACAUGGUAUCACUUGGAGUCUGAGGUGCUGUGCCACACUCUGGGAUGCUCCCAGGGCUUGCAGAUGCCAACCCCCACGGCAGUGGCACCAAGCAAUGUCACCAUCCUGCAUGCUAAGGAGGUGUCUCCAUCCUCAGGGACACAGCCCCCCCUGGACAGUCCCCUCUUUGUCCUCUGCCUGGUGCUGGCAGCUCUGCUCCUGCUCUCUGUGUUGGCAUUCACCACUGCCUUGCUGAGGCUGAGGAAGAGGAACACCAUGUCCUCGCUGGGGCUUUCCAUGCCAGUCCUGGUGACCCACAGCUCCCAGAGCCCCAGUGUGCCCUCUGGGAAUGCCAACGAUUACAGGAGCAUUCCCUCCAGCCUUCCCAAAGAAUCAGACCCGCUGGGCACAGUCUCUGCCAAGGAUUCCAGCUCGGAUUCUGACUCGGAAUAUUAUGAGUUCAGCAGUAAACCACCUGUUGCCCUCUCCACCUUCUACAGCAGACACGUGCAGGACCCAAACUGCUCUGAGAGUAGUGACUAUGAUGACAUCCAGAGUGCUGACUACUGA